AUGACCCGGCGUGCUACCCUACGAUCCAGGAAGCCCGUCAAGCGAUCCAAGACGUUCACCGGGUGCUGGACCUGUCGCUCUCGCGGAGUAAAAUGUGAUGAAGGCAAGCCGAUAUGCUCGCGAUGCGAAAAAGGCCUCUUCACUUGCGCCGGAUAUGGAGUGAAGCUGAUUUGGCCUGGCGAUGGCGCAGAGGGUGCGAUCUCUGUCCAAAGACGUCUGCUUAGUCGUGUGCAGCAUGAGGCCCCAACUCUGAGUGACCAAGCUCUCGACCUUUUCUUGGAAUCCUUGGAUUCCUCUGUCACUGACCAGGAAUGCUGUGGUCCUUUUUCGGUCUUCAGACUAUCGUGGUCUACGAUAUUGGAGCCUGACACAUCGUCAAGGAAAGCUUCUGAUGACAUUCAAUCAAGCAUAUGCGUGCACGAAGACACAUCACCGAUUCGGAAUCUGGAGGCCGACAAUGCCAGUAUCUCAUUUCUAUUCGAGCAGGAUGAGAGCCCUCCCAGAAUCGAAGGGUAUCUUCAUGACACGCCUGAAGAAAUGCUAUUUGACGAUCUCAGGCCCCUGCUGGGCACUGAUAGCUCGUCAAACCUUGUCGUAGUGGGUUCUGAAAAUUACUGGGGCGCUGAAAUGCUUCUCGCGCUCUACCACAGUCGGCCUGGAACACCUCAGGGCUCUCGGACUGACCAUGCCCCACUCCAUACCUGGCACUCCGAUGAUUGGUCUCUGCUCGAUCAUAAUGAGGCACAGAAUGCGGAGACGCCCCUGCCUACGUUGGAGUCGGACUGUUCGUUCGAAGACUACAUCAUACAAAUUGAGUUGGCCAACUUUCUCUACUCGAUCACUCCCCUCGGAACCAGUGAAGAGCGGCAGUUGAUGCAUUACUGGGUCACGUAUCUGAGCAACCUAAUGGUCUCCGUGGGGUCGCCAGACAACCCGUAUCGUACUCUCUGGGUUCCGAUGGCUUUGUAUUCAGGGCAUGAAGUUCCCGGACAUGCUGCUCUCCUACAUGCUAUCUAUGCAAUCUCAGCCUUUAACCAAUCCCAGAAGUCCAACUCCGGCCACAAAUCCUUCUCCAUAACGGCUACAAAACACUAUCAGCUGAGUCUCGGAUAUCUACGAGAGGCGCUGACUGAGGAUCGUGGCUCGCAACGGGAAGCCAUCUUGGCAACCAUCAGCACCAUGUCAUUUAUCGAAGUUAUAAACGGUAAUUCCUCCACAUGGCGUGGCCAUCUGAAAGGGGGGCGCGAAUGGCUCCGCUCGUUUGAGCGGACCAAAUGGAAUGGACCAGGCACAUCGAUACUUUAUCAACUCUUCCUGUGUGCGGAAGCUCUGGGCUCUUCACUUUCGAAUAUGGCUUCCAAUGCUCGUCCUGGAAAAUUUGUCAACAUUUGUGAUGAGGAAUACGCCCACAAAUGUGUCAUUGGUGUCACGAGCUUAUCUUUAGAAUCGGAGUAUUGCUUGGAUCGAUAUUUCGGAAUCACACUUCCAAUAUUAGAGGCUAUUAUUCACAUCACCCACCUGUCUGUCCGGCCACGCAGGCCCUCAAUAGCUGAGCUGGAGACCUUGGAAGUCAAAAUUCGACUUAACAAACCAAUAACACCGUCCCAUUCAUAUACAUUUGCUGCUUGGGGGAAGCAUAUCGCUAUGGAUUAUGCGAGCGUCUUCUACUACGCAUGUUACAUUCAUUUCAAGCAUACGCUUCUCCGUGUCCACUCUCGGAACCUUCAGGACCUUGUCCGCCAAAGUCUCAAGCACUUAGAAGCCAUCGAAAUUCACGAGGCAACCUCAAGAAACUGCGGGCUCCUGUGGCCUCUUUUCAUCAUUGCCUGCGAGGCCGACGAAAAGGAGUCACGCAUCACUGUCAGUAAAUGGUUCACGAAAGGACAGUCAGUCGGCGUUGCGAAUGUGACAUCGGCAGCAAAAGUCGUCGUAGAGGUUUGGCGGAGAAGGGAUGGGGCGAAGGGGUGUGGCAUGGACGAUUUCAUUUGCUGGGGGAACGUUAUGGUAGAGAUGGGCUUAGAUUUACUUUUACUUUGA